UUACAACCCAAAGAACGAAAAAAAAAAAAAAAAACCGAAAACCCCGCAAACAAACACAGAAGCCCCACCGCCCCUCCCCCAUUCCCACCUCGCCGGAAUCUCAUGAAACCCUAAAAAUUUAACUCCGAGAGCUCUUCAAGCUCUCAAAUUUUCUCCUCGUCUGGUGUUGCUUCUGGUUUCUAGGGUUUAAGCGGUCUUCUAUACGCUGAUAGGGAGGGAGGGAGGGAGGGAGAGAGAGAGAUUAUUCUUAUACGUAUCGAGAAAUGUACGUGGUGCCGCCACCUCUGCAAUCCGAUUCUGGAUCGGCUGGCGUUGGGUCCGAUGAUUUACGGGUCUAUCAAACUUGGAAAGGCAAUAAUAUAUUCUUUCUUCAAGGGAGGUUUAUAUUUGGACCAGAUGCAAGAUCACUUGCACUGACUAUAUUCCUGAUUGUUGCUCCAGUUUCAGUUUUCUGUCUCUUUGUUGCUAGAAAACUGAUGGAUGAUUUUUCUGAUCACUUGGGAGUAUCAAUAAUGGUCGUUGCUGCUGUAUUCACCGUAUAUGUUUUAGUUCUUCUCCUGCUAACCUCUGGAAGAGAUCCUGGCAUAAUUCCCCGCAAUGCACAUCCUCCAGAACCAGAAGGCUUUGAUGGAACUGCAGAUGUUGGUGCUGGUCAAACUCCACAGUUACGUUUGCCACGAAUUAAGGAGGUAGAGGUCAAUGGAGCAGUUGUGAAGAUAAAGUAUUGUGAUACUUGCAUGCUUUACAGACCUCCUCGCUGUUCACACUGUUCAAUAUGCAAUAACUGUGUAGAACGAUUUGACCAUCACUGUCCUUGGGUUGGGCAAUGUAUUGGGUUGAGAAAUUACCGAUUCUUCUUCACGUUUGUCUUCUCAACAACUCUUCUUUGUAUAUAUGUUUUUGUGUUCUGCUGGGUCUACGUCAGGAGGAUCAUGUUAUCAGAGCACACAUCAAUUUGGAAAGCAAUGAUCAAAACCCCUGCCUCCAUUGUUCUAAUAGUUUACACUUUCAUAUCAAUGUGGUUUGUCGGUGGCCUUACUGCCUUCCAUUUAUAUCUCAUUAGUACUAAUCAAACUACUUACGAGAAUUUUAGAUACCGAUAUGAUAGGAGAGCAAAUCCCUAUAAUAAAGGCGUGGUUGAGAACUUUAAAGAAAUCUUUUGCUCCAGUAUUCCUCCUUCCAAGAACAAUUUCGGGGCAAAGGUACCAAGAGAACCUUUACCAACUCGACCAAUUGGUGGAGGUUUCAUGAGUCCUAAUAUGGGGAAAGCUGUGGAUGACAUAGAAAUGGGCAGGAAAACAGUGUGGGGAGAUAUGGGUGCUAUGGCUGAUCAUGGUGAGGGGCAACUCGCAAACAAUGAUCGCUUGAACAUAAAGGAUGGUGAAUUAAGUGAGGUAUCCCCAGACAUAAGGACUGUAGUGGAGGAAGGGGACCACAGUGGAAUACAUCCAAGAAGAUCUAGCUGGGGUAGAAAAAGUGGAAGCUGGGAGAUGUCACCUGAAGUUCUUGCCUUGGCGGCCAGAGUAAGGGAACCAAACCGUGCGUGUGGGAGUGGCAGUGGUAGCUUGACAACUGAGAACCGAGUUUCAUAGCCUGAAAUUUGUCUUAUAACUAAUCCAAUAGAUUCAUGGGGAUUUGAUCAGUUGAGUACAAGGUGAGACCAUUUGAGUCCAUGCUCCAAACUAUGUUAUGUGCAGUAUGGGAGAACCUUUUUAGCCGAGUGUUUGGAAGAAUUGGUUUGGUCAUUGUUCUUGUGGGGGGUGUGAUGGAAUGAUGUAUUGUUGUAUGAGUGGGACUUCUUUUUCUUUUCUCUUAUUCGAUUUUUCGUUUGUAUUUGUGGAAUUAGUUAGCAUAUAAUUUUAUUUCAUUUCACUUGUGUAACAA